AUGAAGGCUCUGCUGCUGCUGGUUCUACCCUGGCUCAGCCCAGCCAACUACACUGACAAUGUGGGCAACCUGCACAUCCUCUACUCUGAGCUGUGUAAAGGUGCGUCUCACUAUGGCCUGUCUGCAGACAGGAAGCGGCGUUCCCAGGAGGGUGACUGCACUGACAGCACGUCAGAACUCACCGUUGCCACCCUGCCCGGCGAUGGCCCCACCUCUGCUGCCGUCGCCCUCCUAUCAGACGAUCCCGGCCUCGUCAACCCUGCCUUUGACCCCAGUAUGGAGGACAACAGCCAAUCAGGCAGCACCACCAGCCUGGCAGCCCGCAGCAGUACCAAAAAGAUCCGAAACUAUGACCGCACCUCGGUCAGGAGCCGCUCCUUCAGGCGGUUGAACCGUGCAUUCAGUGUCCUGCGGAGGACCAAGAGCGGCACAUCCGUGUCGAAUGAGACCGCAGAGGAACGAGACAAUGCCAGGAACACCAGUGUGCCCCAGGAAGGUAUGCGCCUCCAUCACCUGAUCCCUGAUGGUGAGGUCACCAGUAUUAAGAUCAACCAUGAGCCCUCUGAGCCCCUGGCCAUCAGCAUCGUGGGGGGCAACGAGACCCCCCUGGUGCGUAUCCUCAUCCAGGACAUCUACAGGGAGGGGGUAAUCGCCCGGGACGGACGCCUGCUGCCCGGAGACAUAAUACUCAAGGUGAAUGGCAUAGACAUCAGCAAUGUGCCCCACUGCUACGCCCUGGCCACCCUCAAACAGCCUUGCCAGCUGCUGCGACUCACAGUGCUGAGAGAGCAGCGCCACCGUUACCGCUCACACUCCGGGCACCACGGGCACCCCCACGACGCAGCCGGGGGCUAUCCGCCUCAUGGCCUCCCCCAUAGCCAACCCUUGAGGGACGACAGCAUCCACGUGGUCCUGGCUAAGAGCACCCCAGAGGAGCAGCUGGGCAUCAAGCUGGUGAGACGACCAGAGGAACAUGGAGUCUUUAUCUUCCACCUGCUGGAGGGCGGCCUGGCGGCACACGACGGGCAGCUCAGCGUCAACGACCGUGUCCUCGCCAUCAAUGGACACGACCUGCGCUACGGAGCACCAGAACACGCCGCUUUACUCAUCCAGGCGAGUGAGGAGCAGGUACACUUCAUAGUGUCUCGUCAGAUCUGUUUACCCACGCCUGACAUUCUGCAGGAGGCUCCAUGGGGCAUGGACGGCCCCCCUCCAUACUCCCCAGUGGACAUGGAGCAUACGCUACUGAGGAGAACGACUGGAGGAUUGUGUGUUGGCCUCUCUCUGGCUGUUGGCCAACUGCUCCAAAUAGUAGAUGGCCAGAACCAGCUGAUGCCCACCUACCUCAAGUGGCCAACACCCACCCAGUUUUCAGUUCUGGAGGCUGAGUUACAGGGUAUCAGAGGGUUCCCUGGUGUGAUUGGGUGCAUAGAUGGCACCCACAUUACCAUCAGGGGGCCCUCAGAACAUCGGGAUGCCUACACUAACCGAAAAGCCAGCCCAGCUUCCAGCUGCAAGCUGUAUGAGACAGCCAACUUUGCUGGGAAACGCUGGGACAAUGGUCACCCAGUGGACGACCACAAGCGAUUCAAUGCAAUCCACGGCUCCACCCGAGUCCAGAUCGAGAGAUCCGUUGGCCUCUUAAAGUGCAUUUGGAGGAGGCUCCAACAUCUUGACAUGCUGCUGCUGGAGAAGAUUCCAGAUGUCCUCGCCAGUGCCUGUGCCCUCCACAAAAUGGCCCUCAUCCAUGAGGGCAUCACAGAGGACUUGGAUGAGGACUAUGUUGUGGCACAGGCACGUAACAUCGAGCCAGUCCCUAAUCAUGCAGACAACAGAGUGGCUCUACGUAACCAGGCUGCCCAGAAGAGGGACAACAAAAUGGGCCGUUUAACCCUUAACAUUUCUCACAUUGCACCCCUCCCCUCUGUCUUGUCCCCUCUGCAGGACUCAUGUGAGAAGCCGGCAUGUUAUGAGAAGACGGUGACGCUGGCCAAGGAGCCCCAUGACUCCCUGGGGAUGACAGUGGCAGGGGGCAUGUCCUCCCGCGGCUGGGACCUCCCUGUCUACGUCACUAAUGUCGACCCCAACGGAGUGGUGGGACAGGAGGGAUCCAUCCGCAAAGGUGACAUCCUGCUGAACGUUAACGGACUGGACCUGACGGGGGUGACGCGGGGCGAGGCUGUGGCCAACCUGAAGAACACCACCUCCCCCGUGGUGCUCAAGGUCCUGGAGAUGAGGCCUCCGGAGGAGAGCCAGCCAGAGUUCCCCUCGCCACCCUUGCCCACCGACAGCACCAAGCAAAGCCUUGCAAAGCUGCCACACACCGAUGACUACUCCCCACUGUGGGUGUCAUGGUUGCAGCUGCCCAGGCACCUGUACUGCUGCAAAGACAUUGUGCUGCGCCGGAGCACCUCAGGCAGCCUGGGCUUCAGCAUCGUGGGGGGGCAGGAGGAGGUCAACUGCAAUCAGUCCUUCUUCAUCCGUUCCAUCGUGGAGGGCACACCAGCCUACAACGACGGCAGGAUACGAUGUGGGGACACUCUGCUGGAGGUGAAUGGCAAGAGUACGUGGGGGAUGACCCACACAGCCCUGGUGCGUCUGCUGAAGGAGCUGCGGGGCAGAAUCACCCUGACCAUCGUGUCCUGGCCCGGAAGCCUGCUGUAGCCCCGCUGCAGCCACAGGGAGGGGCCAACACUGACCCAGGAAUGUGGGCGGAGCUUUUAACUGGAUUACAACGCUGAGCCCUACCGUAUGGAAUGGGCUUUCACUAGUGAUGUAGCUAUGGAAGGCGGACCUUAAGAACCCUGACACCUGAUGGACAGCUGAGACUUUGUCAGGAGUUCAGAGGAGGCCAACCAUCCAUGUGACUGGAAUUUGACCAAACCCCCCAGAGACACUGAGCUGGGAGGAGUUGGAUCUGUGGCCCUACCCCUGGGAUGUUCGGAGCAUUCUGAUUGGAGGAGAGGCUUGUUCGAUGACAAUGCAUCCAAUGAGGGGGGUGGGUGGUUGCGAGGGAACACAAGUUGCCAAUUCCAUUGGUUCUAUGUUAGAGUAUGCAUUUAAUUGGACUCACAUUUCUUUAUUGUAAAUGUUGGCUAUCUAAAAAAAAUACUGAUUCAAGCAAUUGUAUUGGCCUUUCAAUAUAGGCUUUAUUACGUUUGUACUAACAGUGGUUAUCAUCUUCAUCUGUUGGACUGAAGACACAUUGCCAAGUAGCCGUUUGUGUUGAGAUGUUUUCAGAAGCUGUUGCUAAAUUAUCAAAACACGGGCAAAAGUAUAGUAAAAAAAACUAAGUAAAAAUGUGUUCAUAAUCUGUUAAAAGUAAUAUUAAGGUGACAUCGUGGAGGCCUUACUGAUUUUCCUACUUUUGAAAAAAAAAAAAACCUGACUUGGUUUCUGUGUGUUUCCGUGGAUGUGUCUGGUCUAGGGCCAUUUAACGCGGUUCUGUCACAUGCU